UACUUCAAUUCGAAUGAGUAUAUCUCGGAUUAUGAAUCGGAGACGGCCAGCCAGGCGGACGCCCUUAGUGACAUAAGCCACACAGAAGUUCCUCCUCUAAAAGAUCCAGACCUUAUAGCCAAGCCUACUUCUGCACAUCGUUCAUACGGAAGUUCCAAAGCUGUACUGGAUCAGGAACAACGAAGGGUUCACAAUGCGGCUGUUCGCCACCAGUUGCUGUCUUUGGAUGCUUACGAUCGCCAUCGUAAGUUGGUGAAUGACUAUCUGCAAUAUUAUGGAGGGUCCUGGUCGGACUUCAAGCGCGAUGACACCACUGAUCGUCGGGAUAUUGAUGUUAUUCGCGAACAUGGACGCUUUCUUUGGUCCGACAAGGAUGAACCGAAAAAUUGGUCAGAACGCCUCGCCAAACGGUACUGGGAUAAAUUAUUUAAAGAGUACUGCCUGGUCGACUUGUCCCGAUUCAAGGAAAACAAGUUUGGCAUGCGAUGGCGUUUGGAAAAGGAGGUAAUAUCUGGAAAAGGUCAAUUUACCUGUGGCAACGUUCGUUGUACAGCUGGUGCAGAUGCCCGUCUGCGAAGUUGGGAAGUGAAUUUCGCCUACAAGGAACGUGGUGAACAUCGGAACGCCCUGGUCAAACUACGCCUGUGUCGAGAUUGUUCGGACAAACUCAAUUAUCGGUACAAACGUCGUGAUGUGACUGGGCAGAAAGUCGGCUCAGAAGAGCCAGCUCCUCGCCGUGAAGAGACUACGGCUACAGACGAACCGGGAACAAAACGACCGAAACCUGGCGAUGGCGAUCAAACAGACGUCUGGCGGUCGACCACGCAAACGCAAUUCGCUCAGAGUAGUGCCCCGAAAACUCAGGAGGAGGAGUUUGACGAAUAUUUUGCUGACAUGUUACUUUGAUGCUCAUUGACUUCUUUUGUACAGAUAUACAACACACAAUCUUCCUUCAGUCACAUUUGUGGGAACUGAAAGAACUCAUGCUGUAGGAUCGUCUUGGUGAAAUCUUGAGGGUCUUCACAAACGGUUUUUCCCUACUGUAUCCCUCGUUAUACCAUCAUUUCUCCGAUGAAAACUGUAAGAACACAUAGCCAAAUGCAUUUUGACAUGAAACCGAAACGCCUCUUUCUCUGAACCUGGUCAUUUCUGUACCGUUUUGAUCGUUUCAGGUUUGUCCGUAGGCGGGACACCAAGCUUAAGCUUUACUUUUC